AUGGCACCCCUUAAGCUCAACUCAAAGAACCUCUCACAGAUCGCCACCGCUGGCGAAUCCCAAGUCAAGGUCCCGACCUAUGCACGCGGUGGCGCCGUCAAGGAGGGGAUCGUCCACAUUGGUGUUGGCGGCUUCCACCGAGCUCACUUGGCCGUCUAUAUCGAUAAGCUGAUGCAAAACCAUGGUGUGAAUGAUUAUGCUAUCUGUGGUGUCGGCUUGCAGCCCUUCGACGUCGCAAUGCGCGAUGUUCUGCGAGCACAGGACGGCCUUUACACCGUCAUCGAGCGCUCAGCUAAGGGGAGCUUCGCCAACGUUGUCGGCAGCAUCAAUUCUUUCCUCUUUGCUCCGGAUGAUCGUGAAGCUGUUAUUGCCAAGAUGGCGCACCCUGAUACCCACAUCGUCUCCCUCACCAUCACCGAGAGCGGCUACUACUAUAACGAGAAUACCCACCAGCUGCAAAGUGAACAUCCCGAUAUCCAAUUCGACCUCGACCCAGCCAACGAGAAGACCCCGCAUACCACCUUUGGUUUCCUCUAUGCUGCCCUCGCCCGCCGCCACCAACAGGGUCUCAAGCCCUUCACUGUUAUGUCCUGUGAUAAUAUGCAGAAGAAUGGUUCCAUCACCCGCCACAUGCUCGAGUCUUUCGCCCGCCUGCGAAACCCGGAGCUUGCAAAGUGGAUCUCCGAGCAAGGCCACUUCCCUAACGCCAUGGUUGACCGCAUCACACCUCAGACCGCGCCCGCAGACAAGACCGCUCUUGCAGAUAACUUUGGCAUUGAGGACUCAUGGCCUGUCGUUACCGAACCAUUCAUGCAGUGGGUGAUCGAGGACCGGUUCUCCGAUGGCCGUCCACCUUUCGAGAAGGUUGGUGUUCAGGUUGUUAACAACGUUCACGACGUUGAACAGUUCGAAAAGCACAAGCUGCGUCUACUGAAUGGCAGCCACUCUGCCAUCGGAUAUCCAGGUUAUGGAGCACCCGGUAUCCGCAAGUUUGUAUGGCAGAUGAUGCAAGAGGAGUCGAAGCCUAACCUGCCCGAUAUCCCGGGUGUCAACAUCGACGAGUAUUGCCAGACUUUGAUGGAGCGGUUCUCUAACCCUACCAUCAUGGACCAGCUCCCCCGCGUCUGCCUGAACGCCUCCGGCAAGAUUCCACAGUUCAUCAUGCCCUCCAUUGCCGAGGCAAUCUGGGUCACUGGCCCCUUCCGCCGUCUGUGCUUCGUCGCGGCCGCCUGGUUCCAUUACAUCAAGGGAGUUGACGACAACGGAAAUAGCUUCAAGGUUGAAGAUCCCAUGGUCGAGGAGCUCCAGGCCAAGGCCCAUGCCGGAGGCACAAACCCCGCUGAGCUCCUCAGUAUCAAGAACCUGUUCGGUGAUGAUCUUCGCAGCGACAAGCGCUUCAUGCAGCAGAUCACCAUUGCGCUAGAGGAGAUCUCCCGGGACGGCAUUCUGAAGACUCUGCCCAAGUACAUUGACUGA